AGGAGAGGGAGCAUCCAGCUUGUUCUCCUGGCUCAGGUCUAAAGCCUGCAUCUCUGAUGGUCUGGGGUUGCAUUAGUGCCUGUUUCCUCACUUUUAUGUUUACAGACUGGUGUUAAAGAAGAAAGGGUGCUACACAGGGGUAAACAUGACCCUGUCCCUACUUUUUUGAGAGCUGUUGCUGCCAUCAGAUUUAUACUGAGCUAAUAUUUUCAUGAAAUGUUAAAAUGUCUCAGUUUAACAUCUGAUCUGUUGUUUAUGUUCUGUUGUGAAUCAUAUCUGGGGUUUUGACAUCUGACAAUCAUUGACUUCUGAUUUUAUUUACAUUUUAAAAGUGUGCCAACUUUUUUGGAGUUGUGGUUGUUUAUGGAAGUUAGAAGUUUUGAGUUGAAUUCCAGUAACAGAUGAACUUUGCCCUGAUUUCCUGCAGGAUCCCUCAUGGACAAUCAGACGUUUAACGUGGAUGUUCUGCAGAUUGAAGGGUUAAAGGUCAGCCCACAGUCCUCCAUCCCCGCCUUCAUCUUCCUCCUCCUCAUGUACGUCUUCAUCGUGGUGUCCAACCUGGGCCUGGUGGUCCUGAUCCUGGUGGAGAGGAGCCUCCAUGAGCCCAUGUACCUGCUGUUCUGUAACAUGAGUAUAAACGACGUGUUUGGGGCGUCGGCCAUCAUUCCUGCGGUCCUGGCUCAGGUUUUCACUCCUCUAUCCCAGCGUUUCAUCACCUACGGCGAAUGUGUCCUUCAGGCUUUCUGUGCUCACUUUCACGGUGGCGUCUCUCACACCGUCAUCAUCAUCAUGGCGUUUGACCGCUACAUGGCGGUCUGCAGCCCUCUGCGGUACUCUGCCGUCAUGACUGGAAGAAUGGUGGUGACGCUGUCGGCAUCGGCGUGGGGCGUAUCUUUCAUUUUGGUUCUAACCCUCAUAGCGCUGUGUGUCCGCUUAUCUCGCUGUAGGACGUCGGUGAACAACCCGUUCUGUGAUGACGCCUCUUUGUUUAAGCUGUCCUGUGAAAAUGUUCUCGUCAACCACAUCUACGGCCUCAGCAGUGGCAUGGCGUUGAUGGCGUGCUCCCUGGGCAGCGUGGUGAUCACCUACCUGAAGAUCGCCAUGGUGUGUCUGAGAAGUAGGAACAAGGCUCAGAUCAGGAGGGCCCUGCAGACCUGCUGCUCACAUCUGCUGGUCUACAUCAUCCUGCUCCUAUCAGGGAACAUCAUCAUGGUCUUCCAUCGGUUCCCUCACCUCUCCGACCAGAGGAAGAUGGCGUCCAUCCUGUUCCACGUGGUUCCUCCAUCAAUGAACGCCGUCAUCUACGGGCUGCAAAUCAAAGCAGUCAGAGAGAAAAUCUGGAUUUUAUUUAACAGGAGGAAAAUAGAGGGAAGAUGA